AUGCCACAGGACCCCUGUCAGCAGGACAAGAAUUGCUUCUUACCAAACUGUUUUUGUAGUACAUUUAAUCACCAAAUGAAUCCAAGUGAUAUUCCACAGAUAGUGUAUUUUGGAUUUGACGAUGCGGUAAACAUAGGCAUGGCCGGUCAUUAUGAUUAUCUUUUCUUGAAGGAUAACAUUACCAAUCCGAACGGCUGUCCAGUCAGUAUCACACUGUUCGUUUCCGACAAAUACACGGAUUAUUCCAUAGUGAAAAGGUAUCAUGACGUUGGGUUUGAACUAGGUGUUCAUAGUGUUACACAUUCACAUCUAAAUUCGGGACAAAAAGUCCGAAACGAAGCUGAAGAACAGAGAGAUAAUUUGAUCACCAAAGCUGGAGUUUCAAAGGAGGAAGUCAUAGGAUGGAGGAGUCCGUUUCUCACAACGGCAGGCGACCAACAGAUAGAUGCCCUGAAACAGCUCGGUUUCAAGUACGAUAUUUCACUGCAGUACGUUAAAAACAAAAUUGACGACGAUGAUGUUUGGCCUUUUACGAUGGAUUUUGGCUGGCCCUUCAAAUGUAACAAUAACAGAUGUCCAAAACAACACCACAAAGGAUUCUGGCAGGUACCUCUCAAUGCCUUAAUGGACUUUAAACAUCAGUAUGGGUGUUCUUUUGUUGACGGGUGUCGGAAUGUUCCGAGUAAUGAAGAGGAGACUUAUAAAUUCAUUAUGGACAACUUCUACAGUCAUUAUAACGGCAACAGAGCUCCUUUAGGAUUAAAUAUGCACGCUGCCUAUUUUGAGACCAGUUAUAAGCGAGAAGGUAUGAGGAGAGCGAUACGAAACAUGACACAGUAUGAAGACGUAUAUAUCGUUAAUGUCAAACAGAUGUUAGAAUGGAUGGAAAAGCCCACAACAAUAUCAGAAAUUAGAACAUUUGAUGGUUUUGGGUGCUGGCCACGUAAACAAUCUAAGAAACCAUUCCUGCACAUAUUUUUAAUUGUAGUUCCAUUUUCUACUUUAGUCAUUCUUUGCAUUGUACUGCUUCUAUUAACUUGUAGAAACUUAUCCCGCAGAUUUAGAAACAAUGAUUAUGUUAUCUUGAAUGGUAAAGAGCAUAUUGAAAAACUGGUGAAUGGCAGCGAUGACACAGACUUACUCGGUUUCAAGUACGAUAUUUCACUGAAGUACGUUAAAAACAAAAUUGACGACGAUGAUGUUUGGCCUUUUACGAUGGAUUUUGGCUGGCCCUUCAAAUGUAACAAUAACAGAUGUCCAAAACAACACCACAAAGGAUUCUGGCAGGUACCUCUCAAUGCCUUAAUGGACUUUAAACAUCAGUAUGGGUGUUCUUUUGUUGACGGGUGUCGGAAUGUUCCGAGUAAUGAAGAGGAGACUUAUAAAUUAAUUAUGGACAACUUCUACAGUCAUUAUAACGGCAACAGAGCUCCUUUAGGAUUAAAUAUGCACGCUGCCUAUUUUGAGACCAGUUAUAAGCGAGAAGUUAUGAGGAGAGCGAUACGAAACAUGACACAGUAUGAAGACGUAUAUAUCGUUAAUGUCAAACAGAUGUUAGAAUGGAUGGAAAAGCCCACAACAAUAUCAGAAAUUAGAACAUUUGAUGGUUUUGGGUGCUGGCCACGUAAACAAUCUAAGAAACCAUUCCUGCACAUAUUUUUAAUUGUAGUUCCAUUUUCUACUUUAGUCAUUCUUUGCAUUGUACUGCUUCUAUUAACUUGUAGAAACUUAUCCCGCAGAUUUAGAAACAAUGAUUAUGUUAUCUUGAAUGGUAAAGAGCAUAUUGAAAAACUGGUGAAUGGCAGCGAUGACACAGACUUAUGA